UAGUAAAAUCAGCUUGGUUACGAUUUAUAACUUGCGAAAGGAGCCAUAAUAUAAGAAAUUAGUUUAAUAAAAAAAUUUAUUUAAUUAAAUUUGAAUUCAAAUUAAACUUUUAUAAUGGCGAACAGAAAAAAUACAAAGGAUUCUCUGCGUAUGAGUUUCGGCUUUGGGCGUCGACCAAGCGUCAAACAAAAAAUGGUAAGAACCUACCAACCAACGUACCAGUUAAAACCAAGAAAACAUUUCAGCACCGAAGUAGUUGCGAAAAUAUUAAAACGUAUUGUUGAUUCCGAAUUGGAGGAGAUAGAGUAUAGUGAAAAGGCGGUUCCUGACCUCUGCUCUAGCUUAGCUGAAAAUAUACGCAAUGCGGUUAAAGAAGAAAGUUAUGACAGAUACCGUAUAUUAGUGCUGGUAACAAUUGGUCAACGCCGACAACAAAGUGUCAACAUGUUCCAUUCAUUCUUGUGGGAUCAUGAGCGAGAUGCUUUUUCCUCAUACAAUUAUGAAAACUGUCACCUCUAUGCUAAUGUUGUGGUCUAUGGCAUAUACUUGGACUAAAUUGGUUGUGAAGAAAAUUUAAUAAACUGAAGGUAUUUUA